UCGCAAGACAAACUGCGAAAGGGAAGAAAUUCACCGAAGAGGGUUAUGUGCGCAACAUCAUGUUUAAUAACUUGUGUUCCACAUCCCCGUAUGGACUUCUCCGAAGUAUAUGCCUACCGUCAAUGAAAGGCGGCUACUACAUCGUACAUGCGGUCAUAGAGAAAGGAACGGGCGACAUACUGGCAGGCCACUGUCUCUGCCCAGCCGGCCUCAGUGGAAGCUGCCAGCACGUUGUUGGCCUGCUGCUCACAGCUUGCAACCUGGCACCACAAGGAGAAGACACAACAUGUACGGAUGUCCCCUGUGCAUGGAUUGUGCCCCCUCAAGCCAAAAAGCAAGAACCAAGCUUGCCGCUUUCGGAAAUUUUGUUUGAGAGCAGCAGGAACAGGAAGAGAGUUUAUGAUCCCACACCUGGACUGUUGCCAGCUGACCCUGCCAACUUCAUCAGCAACUUGCAAGAAAUAUCUCCGAGCUGCCUUCUACUCCGCUAUGCAAAGAAGCCCAGGGCGGCAGAAGAAAGCACAACAGAGACCAUCGCUGCAAAAGUAAUAAAUGAUGGAUGCUGCAACCAGCCAUAUAUAGCCGACAGUGAAGAUUUGCUGAGCAUGACAAACUCGAGAAUUAUUCAAGAGAGAUUUGAUGCAAUUCAGCCCCUGAGCCUCGACGACAGGGCAGUCAUUUUAGAAAGCACAAUGGGCCAGGCAGAGAACAAGAAGUGGCAUCAGGAACGUAUUGGACGGCUCACGGCAUCAGUGUUUAAGAAGUUGCUGCGGUGCAGAAAGCCUGAUGGUGCCGUAAGGGACGUAAUGUAUCCUCGCCAAGUGAGCACCGAAGCCAUGCGUUAUGGCAGGAUUCACGAGGACGAUGCCGUUAAAGCAUACGAAGAAAUAAUGGCAUGCAGGGACAGAUAUUUAACUACUGCAUAUACUGGGUUGCAUGUUCAUCCCCAGCACCCAUUUAUUGCUGCCUCCCCCGACAGACUUGUCUUUGAAGGGAGUGACACUGGUCUUUUGGAGGUGAAGUGCCCAUUCUCCUUCAAAGGCAAGGGUGUCGUCGAAGCAGCAGCUUCUGCAAAGUGCUGUUUGAAAAUAUCUGGUGACAAUAUAGAAUUGAAAAAAGAUCAUGCAUAUUAUUAUCAGAUACAAGGUAUGAUGGGUGUCACAGGUUUGAAGUGGUGUGAUUUUGUAGUAUGGACAAAUGCUGGAAGUGUAGCAGCCUCAACACAUGUGGAGAGGACUCCCUUUGAUGAAGUUCUUUGGUGUACAGAAAUUCUGCCUGGGUUGCUGCAUUUCUUCAAACAUUGCAUAGUGCCAGAGCUGCUCACUCGCAGAUACUACAUUCUCAUUCUGCUGAGCAAUUACUUGAAAGAGUACUGGUGA